AUGUUUUUUUGCGGGUUGCGUAGAGGCAAUGGGCUUGGGAAAUUCACUGAACAUGGGGUAGAACCCACUGAAUUUGUCGGUAUUUCGGGAUAUUACUACUCACUCAAUUCCCCUUUAGAAAAAUUUACAGGGAAAAGGUUCAAUAAACUCCUUGGCGUUUAGAAACUUUGGAUAUAAAAUUUUGAAUUUUUUUUGCUCCAA